GUUACAAAAAGCUUCAAGUGUUGUCAUAAUACAGCCAUGGUCGUAUCAGGCAGCGUGUCCUACAGGUCCUUGCAGUUUUUGUAGGUUACAUUCGCGUUAGUACCAAGACCAGCAUAUGUAGUCAAAACUGUAGAGUAGUAACCUGCGUCGUUAUUCUACGGGGAGAAAGACGAAACCAUACGUAGUUCUUGCGUGGAUCUAUGCUGUGUUACAGCUGAGGCCUAACAUUAGCAGUUAGCUAACGUGACAUUUCACCGAGGUUUCCUGGGACACUAUUCAGAUGACAUAUCCUUCCCACUGGUAAGUGUCCACUGGAAAAACAAUCCCCAUCAUUACAAUGACAGCUCAGGAAGGAGAGGGAUGGGGAGGCAUUAACCUUUCACCUCACCUGCACACAGAUGAGUGUAAUGAACUGAUAACUCUUCUGAGGCAGUGCCACACUGAGCACAAUGUCUUGAAGUUCUUUGGCACGUGUAACGAUGUGGACCGCGCUAUGCGUCGCUGCCUGAAGCAAGAGAGACUGGAAAAGCGGGAGCGCAGCAAGCAGCAUGCACAAGAGAUGAAGAAGAGGCUGAAAGAAGGGCCCAAAGAGCAUCUCUGAAGGACAUUUUACUGCAACUUUGCCACUGCAAGUUAAAAGUAUUGAGAUAAAAGGAAAUUCAAUUAAGCAUGACACUGUGUAACAGGCCUCCCCUGCUGUUCUUAUUUCAAGACAGAGGAAGUCUCUUUGUACAUUCAGCGGAGUGUGUAUUCUAUUAGCAUUGACCGAAGUGUCAUGUGCUGUUAUUACUAUGUAUUAUUUGGUUUCAGUUGAGAGGCAAAUUAUUUAAAUAUUGGGAUCAUAUACCAGCAAUGAUAGGUUAACAUGCACAGCUUUCUCCUAUAUUUGCUGUGGUGUGAACCCUUUUAACACACUUUUGACUUUUUACUAUCUGUACAGACUUAAACUUGCAUUUUAGGUCAGCAUAAAACAAUAGCAUCUAGUACUUUGGAUUAAAGAUUGCUGUUGGAGAUCAUCAUUUAUUUCCCCCCUCUGUAGUAGCAGUACUCUACAGCUCCAUCAAAGAGAUUAGUGUAGCUGGGGGCAGAACCCUUUCAUCAAACCAUUAUUUAAGUUGGCAGAACACCUCAGGAAUAUUCUGGUAUCUGUUUUAUUCAUGAAAACAGGAAGAGUCAAUUUUGGGGUAUCGGAGAUGCAUGUAAAAGGGGGAAAAAAAAUAAAAAAAGACCCAUAACAGGAUGACCAAUCGCUGGGAUUUACUAUCAAUUUGAACAUCCACCCAUGAACAUACAUAUUGAACACACUCUUUGUUUGAACGUUUAUUUGAAUGGGAAAUCAUGUUCAAGUUUGAUUGCUUUCAAAUAAAGUGAAAUUAUCAGUUCAUUUAAGAA